GUGAACAUUUCUAUAUAGAUACCUAUUCAAAAUGUUUUUUUUUUUUAAACCAUAGCAGACUGUGAGUCCUUAUCAGAAGGUACCUGUUUGCAUGAAUUUGCUGGCUCAAGAGAGAAGUGAAGCCCACCCUUCUCUGCCAUUUACGCUGUUCCACUACAGUUCUCAACCUUACCGGCUGUGGAUGUGAUGAGGAUCUCCAUUAGCGAAUUCAUCCACCUCGGCUGCGUGCUGGUGGCUGCAGCACAAAGCUGUGUGUCACCGGAGCAGAAGCCGGUGGUGCUGCUCCAAACCGCGACGGCCAAUGGUCGAUCGCAAGCGGCAGGAAGAGCUUCCUCAGUUGCCGCCAGUAUAGGGCCACAUGCAGCAGCAACGUCCGCCUUAGCCUUCGCUGAGCGACUCUUUGCACCGGACCACUCGCUGCUACAGCAGGCCAACAUUGAUAGCUUGGGCAACAAUGUCCUUGCGCCGGUGAUUGUCGCCGUGUCGGCAGCACUCCUUUCUUGUGGCAUCGUGGUGUGCUUGAUCACCUACCAGCCAAAGCCAGAAUAUUCACAAGAAGAGGAGACAGCGCUACGGUCCAACAUUGAUGCGCACAAUAGGCAUGUGCGUGAAAAGCAAGCAUGUGCGUGCUAGAAGCAAAC